GACAAGGUCAACGCAGGGGAGAAGAAGAUCAGCACAAAGCAAUGGCCAUCGAUGUUCUACGACAUGAGCUUGUACGACUCGAAGAACAAGAAGAAGGGAUUCCUCCGAAGUCGUGUUGUGAUACAGGCAUGGCGCCAUAUCUUCACAGGUCCGAUGUCGGCUCUAUCCAAAGACAACAUCGGUCGCUCGUCGAAGCCUGGGAAGGGGAAAAUGCAUCACCUUGCCGAACCGGGGAUCAGAAACAUAAUGUAUGCGGCGUGUCAGGUA